AUGAAUGCGGUGACAAAGGAGUUGGGCAAACGCGAUUCAAUGAACGGGGACGAUCUCUGGGUUGGAAGCACCAUUCGCUGGAACCAUUUUGCCUGGAAGCCGGCUGGCCAUAAUGAUUUACGAUCACCCUGCCCAGCCAUGAAUACACUGGCAAAUCAUGGAUUUCUCCCGCGUGACGGUCGGCAUAUCACCAAGGAUAUAUUGAUCACAGCUUUGAAAGAUGGUUACAAUAUCGGCUACGAUUUUGCCUUUAAUAUUUGGGAUACGGGCAGGGUAGUGAAUCCUCAACCCAAUGCCACUUUCUUUGAUAUGGACAUGCUGCAACCAACCCACGGACUUGUUGAACACGACGGCAGCUUGUCUCGCGCAGAUGUCUAUUUCGACACAUCGGGUAAAUUUGACCCGAAAGUCUUUGAUAGCUUCAUGAGCUAUUUCGGCAACGACACUGAGAUCUCAGUCAAGUCGCUCGCUAAUGCGCGCGCUCGUCAUGCCCUUGAUAUGAGUCGAGUCAACCCAGACUUCGCUAUUGCCGAGGAAUCUGUUCCGGUACUGGUCGGAGAGAACGCAAUGCUGGUCGCGAUCUGGGGUGACCCUGUUGUUCAAGUCAUCGACCGAGCUUAUUUUGAGUAUUUCUUUCGAAACGAGCGCAUGCCUGUCGAGUUAGGCUGGUCCCCGCCGAGCACAGAAAUCGGUCCUACCAUUGGACAAAUUGUAAACGACAUGAUUGCUCAAAGCCCUGCCGACGUCCCCCUGUCUUUCUGA